CGACACUACAUUACCCAUGAACCCCCGCGCCUGCAUUUGUCGGAUUGUGCUUGGAAAAAAAAAGCGUAAUAUUGUUCCAAUGAUCGAGAAUCAAUAACAUUCAAACCAUCUACAUAAAACAUCUAUAAAAUUGGUUUGUGCAAGUUUAUGGAAAAUGGGGCAGCUUUGCACAGCAGGAGACUGAUGAGAAGUGAAUGAGCGGGACAUGAGGAUACAACACAGCACAUCUAAUGGAAUAGAGCAGUCUCAUCUCUCUGACAAACAGCAGUCAUGGAAACCAAGGAAAAUGGUUCGGUGGACACCAAAAGUUCUGUGGAGAACGGGCAGCUUUCUGAUCCAGCUCACUGGGCCGUAGCAGAUGUGGUCAAUUAUUUUAAAGCUACAGGGUUUGAGGAGCAAGCCACCGCUUUCCAGGAUCAGGAAAUCGAUGGUAAAUCUCUUUUAUUAAUGACUCGAAAUGACGUUCUGACCGGACUGUCAAUAAAACUGGGUCCUGCACUGAAGAUAUACGAGUAUCACGUCAAGCCUCUCCAAACCCAACACUUAAAAAGUAACGUCUCAUAGCUGCUGCAGCCACACGGACGCAUGGAAGACAAUCACAGCGGGGGGCGCAGGGUAACUGCAGGCAGAUCUAAUACAUCUUAACAAUUAAACAUGGUGAAUUUAUUGCUUUUAAGGUCUCAUUCUGCUGUACAGGCAUAUUUACUGUUUUCAGUUGACCUAGGUUUGACAUGUUCAUUCAGAUUUUACCUUCACUUUAUGUGCUUGUACAUAAAUCAUUAUUGCUUUUAAGAUUAAACGCUGCGUUUAUAAUGUGAUCUGUGAUGUAAAACGAAAAAUGGCUUGAACUAAAAUUGAAACACUAUUCUUGAAGAUGUUUCUGUGUAACGCAUGAAGUAUGCUUGAAUGGAAGCAGGGGAAGAUUGCCGCCGCAGUUGUGAUUUUUAUCAGUUUGUUGGUGUUUGUUUUCCUUUGUUUUUUCCGGUUUUUAGUAGAUAAAAAGUGUGUUGAGCUAAAGUAACAGCACAAAUGAUCAAAUGUCUGAAAAUGAUGUAUUUGCUGUGGUUUACAGCUGUAAAGGCUUUACGUAUUAGAGGUUUGCAGGAAUCCGAACGAUCAGAAUGACGGUGUUUUGUGCUGCUAUUAAUUCUGUUUAUUUAUUUCAUUCUGUAACUAACAGUGUGAAUCCUGAUGAAUUGGUGAAUUGUUAUUGUUUAAAGCCGGCACAACACUGUAAAUCUGCAGCGGUUUGUGAUACAGGGUCUUUUAAAAAGAUAAAACAAAAGUGAGUGUAGAUUGCAAUAAAUGGUGCUUUUUCAGAUUGCUGAAAAAAUCCACUUCCUGGUCUUCAUUACAGUGCUGUGUGACUUCCUUUCUGUUGGGCAUUUGAAUAAUAUCUCAAAAAAUUGAUCAUUAAAUGUAAUAAUCUCCCAAAACAAUCAAAUCCCGGAAACGCUGCAUGCAUGUAUUGGUAUGUUUAUCUGAUGCCGUUUUC